GGGAUAAACACUCCUUGUUCUAAUUCUAAAUGCUUUUUAGGUCAUUUUACAUAAGCCUCAUUUUAGUAGGGUAUUUUUUUAUUUUCAUGAAUUAAUAUCAUAUAUUAUCUUACCUUGCAUGCCAUGGAGGAGUUUUAUAGGUUUGAUCAUAUGGUUUCUUGUUCGGAUAAUCUUGUUUCCUUCGGUCAUAACUUCCAGCAGGAAGACUUCACUUGUUCAACUAAUUUGGUUCAGUUCGAACAUCAUGCACAACAUUCUGAUUCAGAUAUGUUUGAUCUAAUCAAGAACCAGAUCGCCAAUCACCCGCUUUAUUCUGACCUAAUUUCUGCUUAUAAAGCAUGCCGAAAGGUUGGUGCACCACCAGAAAUGGCGUCUCUUCUUGAGGAAAUACAAAGAGAAAACUACGCAAUCAAAAGUUACAGCAGUGAGAUUGGAGCUGAUCUAGAACUUGAUGAGUUCAUGGAAUCAUACUGUGAGGUUCUUCAUAGAUACAAGGAGGACGUAUCCAAGCCAUUUGAUGAGGCCACUACAUUCUUCAGUUGCAUAGAAUCUCAAUUAAGUAAUCUUUGUAAAGGAACAAUCACAAAAACAUUUGAUUAUGCCACUGAUGAGGCAGGUGUGAGUUCAGAAGAAGAGUUAAGCUGCGUCGAGGUUGAAGCAUCCGAAACUAAAGAAUUUCCUGAUGGCCGAGCUCUUGAUUCGGAUGUUAAAGGAACACUCUUGCGGAAGUACAGCGGAUAUCUCAGCAACUUGAGAAAGGAGUUCCUCAAGAAAAAGAAGAAGGGCAAUCUACCCAAGGACUCAAGAAUCGUUCUCUUAGAGUGGUGGAACAGUCAUUAUCGAUGGCCGUAUCCCACGGAAGAGGAGAAAGUGAAGUUAAUAGAGAGAAGUGGACUAGAUCAAAAGCAAAUCAGUAACUGGUUUAUUAACCAACGAAAGCGCCAUUGGAAACCUUCUGAAGAUAUCAGAUUUGCUCUAAUGGGAGAUAUUGCAGCACCAACUUCACUCGCAGACAUUAUAUAAUUCAUAUUUAAGAUUAGCUUUAAACUCUAUUUAUUUAAUUAAAUUUGGAUUUAAACUUGCUAGCUAAAUAAAAAGAUGCUAAAAGUCCAUUUUUACUCACUCAACCUACCCGACACAUUUAAGGUAGGUUGUUAACAAGCUUUAAAUAGGUUAGAUUAGGGUGUCAAGAAGUUAACAUAAAUCACAGGACAAGAUUAAUAGGCUAGAAUAGAGGUAUCAAAAUGGGUUGGCAGAUAAUGUGGUGUCAUCCAUUUUAAUUUUAUGUUGUGUUAGGAUUAAUUGUUUAUAUAAAGGGUUAAAUGCAAAUUCAUACACCAAUUUUGACCUAAUUUGCAAUUACAACAUAAACUUUAAAACUUGGCAAUGUCAGUAACCAACUUUACACUUUUGGCAAAUCGAUACACCAAACUCAAAAAACACUAACGUGGACAUUGUAAUAAACCGCCAUUUGUCGUU